AUGUCGCAUCGCGCUAUUCCACGCGCCGCGGCGAAUUUCAAUUUCUCCACAUCUCGCCUGCUACGACAGCGAGCGAUUGAACCCCCAUAUCGCAGCAUCAUACAAGCUGCGCCCCAGGCGCAGAGGAUAAUUCGCCCUUCCAGACCUUUUACAUCCUCUCCAGCACUCUAUAAGAAAGCUGGAAAGGCAAACAAAGCGCACGCUCGCUCCGAUUCUGCACCGCCGGACCGGGAUAUCUCCGUUACGCCUACAGAUGAAGCGUACGAUGUCUCUGUGCUCGAAGCUGCGAUUUUAAGGGCAAUCGAGCGCCUGACACACGAACUUGCACAGCUGAGGGCUGGAGGACGAUUGAAUCCUAAUGUGGUGGAGAAUUUGAGGGUGCAAUUGGGGACUGCGAAGGAUGGGAAGGAGACCGUGAGGUUAGGAGACAUCGCGCAGGUUAUUCCUAAAGGACGGUUCUUGAACGUCAUGGUUAGCGAGAAGGAUCAUAUAAAGCCCGUCACCUCUGCUAUCUACGCCUCAAACCACAAUCUCGCGCCUCAGCAGCCGCAUCCCGAUGCGCCCCUUACUAUCCCUGUCCCAAUCCCCCCGCCCACCGGCGAGUCGCGGCAAGCAGCUCUUGAAGCCGCACAGAAGGCCGCCGAGCAGGCCGACAAGGCGAUUCAGAACGCACGAGCCGCACACCACAAGAAGUUGAGGAAGUUUGAGCUGGAGAAGGCCGUUCUACCGGAUGAUCUUCAGAAGGCAAAGAAGAGAAUGGAGGAAGUGGUUAAGAAGGGUCAUGGGGAGGUCAAACACAUCGUAGAUGGAGCUAAGAAGGUCUUGCAAAGCCAAUGA